AUGUGGGGCAGUAGCAGGAGGCAUGGCCUCUUUGGCAUUAGCAAUUGCAGAUACCUGCUCAUAACCAGUUGUCUCAUCCAUGCUGUUCAGGUCCUUCAUAUUUGCAAAGCUCAGUCCAUUGAUGAGCAAGCACUGCUUGCAUUCAAGGCUGGCAUCUCUGGCGACCCAGGCAGGGUGCUUGCUGCAUGGACGCCUACCAACGGCAUCAUGAAUGCCACGAACAACAUCUGCCGGUGGAAAGGUGUCUCAUGCAGCUCCCGACGGCACCCUGGCCGUGUCACCGCGCUGGAGCUCAUGUCAUCCAACCUGACAGGUGUGAUAAGCCCCAGGCUGUCCAACCUCUCCUUCCUCCACACACUCAACCUCUCUAGCAACCGCCUCUCUGGCAGCAUCCCCUCGGAGCUUGGCAUUCUGUGGCGCCUCCAAGUCAUCAGCCUAGGAGGAAAUUCCCUCACUGGUGAGAUACCCACAUCUCUCUCCAAUUGUGCUCGUCUCACGCAUUUGGAGUUGCAUCGGAAUGGGUUUCAUGGUGACAUCCCAGUGAACCUGAGCAACUGCAAGGAGCUCAGGGUUUUCAACAUCAGUGUGAAUACCCUGUCCGGUGGUAUUCCUCCAUCAUUCGGGUCGCUGUUGAAACUCGAGUUCUUUGGGCUUCAUCGGAGCAACCUCACCGGCGGCAUUCCCCCGUCUCUGGGUAACCUCUCAUCACUCCUGGCAUUUGAUGCCAGUGAGAAUUUUAAUCUGGGUGGUAACAUACCAGACGUGCUUGGGAGACUAACCAAGCUGAAUUUUCUCAGGCUAGCUUCUGCUGGCCUUGGUGGCAAAAUCCCAGUCUCAUUGUUUAUCAUAUCAUCCCUUAGGGUACUUGACUUGGGAAACAAUGAUCUAUCUGGUGUGCUGCCCGCUGACAUUGGUUUCACCUUACCAAGAAUUCAAUUCCUUUCUUUCUACAACUGUGGGCUCAAAGGGCGCAUCCCCAUGUCAAUAGGCAACAUGACAGGACUCCGUCUGAUCCAGCUUCACAUCAACAAUCUACAGGGGAGUGCUCCACCUGAAAUUGGCAGGCUGAAGGAUCUUGAGGUGUUGAACCUGGAGUCUAACCAGCUUGAGGAUAAGUGGGACAGGGACUGGCCUCUGAUACAAUCACUAGGGAAUUGCAGUAGGCUGUUUGCACUGAGCCUUUCCUAUAACAGGUUUCAAGGCAUGCUUCCCCCUUCUCUUGUCAACCUUACCAUUGGGAUACAACAAAUCUUAAUGAAUGGAAACAAGAUAAGUGGUUCAAUACCCACAGAGAUUGGUAAAUUCAGCAACCUUCGUGUUAUUGCGCUCGCUGAUAAUGCCUUGACUGGCACCAUUCCAGACACCAUUGGUGGUCUUCACAACAUGACUGGGCUAGAUGUCUCUGGCAACAAGUUAUCUGGUGAGAUCCCACCUAUGCUUGUUGCGAACCUUACCCAGCUUGCUUUCCUGGAUCUGUCACAGAACGAAUUGCAAGGAAGCAUACCUGAGAGCUUUGGGAAUAUGAGAAAUAUUGCAGUCCUGGACUUGUCUUACAAUAAGUUCAGUGGCAUGAUACCAAAACAGCUUGUCAGUCUGUCUUCUCUAACCCUGUUCCUCAACCUGUCUCACAACAUCUUCUCAGGUCCAAUACCUUCAGAAGUAGGUCGACUGAGCAGCCUUGGGGUUCUGGACUUGUCGAACAAUAGGCUCUCAGGAGAGGUACCACAGGCGCUCUUGCAGUGCGAAGCAAUGGAGUACUUAUUUCUGCAGGGAAACCAGCUUGUUGGUAGGAUUCCCCAAUCACUUAACUCAAUGAAAGGGCUUCAAUACUUGGACAUGUCACAGAAUAACCUGUCUGGUUCAAUUCCAGAUUACUUAUCGAUGUUGCAGUACUUGCAUUACCUGAACCUAUCCUACAACCAGUUUGAUGGACCAGUGCCGACAAGAGGAGUGUUCAAUGAUUCAAGGAACUUCUUUGUUGCUGGGAACAAAGUUUGUGGUGGUGUUUCAGAGUUGAAGCUGCCAAAAUGUUCUGGUGGUACUGAUAACUUUGCUAACCUCAUUGGUGUCGGAAGCUUUGGUUCAGUGUACAGAGGAACACUAGGCAAUGAAGAGCAGGAAGUCGCAGUAAAAGUACUGAACCUCCUACAGCAUGGCGCUGAGCAGAGUUUCCUGGCUGAAUGCGAGGUGCUGAGAAGUAUCCGACACCGCAAUCUUGUAAAGGUUAUCACAGCCUGUUCGACCAUGGAUCACAGCGGGCAUGAUUUUAAAGCUUUGGUGUACGAGUUCAUGCCUAACAGAGAUCUGGACAGAUGGCUUCAUCCAUUCACUGGGGAAGGUGAGAGUUCCUCUCGUACGCUAACCAUGUCUGAGAGAGUGAGCAUUGCACUCGAUGUCGCUGAGGCUCUUGACUAUCUUCACAACCAUGGCCAAGUACCAAUCGUGCACUGUGAUCUGAAGCCAAGCAAUGUCCUUCUUGACCCCGACAUGGUUGCCCAUGUAGGGGACUUUGGGCUGUCACGGUUUGUUCAGGGAGCAAACAGCGACUUAUUCCAACACACAGCCAAUACUGCUGGAAUCAAAGGCACCAUUGGAUACAUUCCUCCAGAGUAUGGAAUGGGUGGCGGAAUUUCAGUGGAAGGUGAUGUCUACAGCUAUGGGAUUCUCCUGCUCGAGAUGUUCACUGCAAAGCGGCCAACAGAUCCAUUGUUUCAGGGAGGUCAAAGCAUCCGUGGUUAUGUCGCAGCGGCUUAUCCUGAGAGAGUAAUAUCUAUAGCUGAUCAAGCUCUGUUGCAGCGUGAAGAGAACCUGGAAGAGUUCCUUGUGUCGGUUUUCCGAGUCGCGCUGCGAUGCACCGAGGAAUCACCGAGAGCAAGGAUGCUAACCAGAGAUGUUAUCAGAGAGCUUGCUGUUGUAAGGGAUUCUUAUGAGUAG